AUGCAGUUGAUUGCCAAGUUUCCGUUUCAAGGCAAUCCGGGUGAAAAUCAGUUGACGUUUCCGGCAGGAGCUAUCAUUGAUGAAACACCCAACAACCACACCUACAAGAACACUGUCAACAACAACAAUGGAUGGUUACAUGGGACAUAUCAAAAUCAGAGGGGAUGGUUUCCGGCAGACUUUGUUCAGCCCCUAGUUUCACCUAGCAUGCCACCUCCCAGGGCGCCAGAACCAGAAGCCAACAUUGUGCUGGCGCCCAUGGCAGCUUCCAUGCCAAUGGCUUCUGCCGUCCCAAUAACUGAUAAUGGGGCAGCAAGAAUGCAGGAUGUGAGUGACAGUCGCAUCACAUCUGCUUCAACUGGUCCAAUGCUGGAUUAUAGCGCCGCGUCCUUUGCAUCCCUUCCACCACCAUCUCGCAAGAAACUCGACAAUUCACAGAUUUCACAAUUGAUUGCCCAGGGGUUCACCAGAGGCUUGGCGGAAUCUCUGGAUGAUGCCAAGCAAACAUUUGCCAAACGCAUUUGGGUUGUGGAUAACUCCGGGAGCAUGCAGAAAACAGAUGGCCAUCGAUUGGUGGAUACGGGGAGACGAAAGAAUCUCAAGUUCGUCGCGUGCAGUCGAUGGGAGGAAAUCACAGAAUGCGUUUGCUACCAUAUUCAACUAGCAGCUCUGAUUCAAGCACCGACAUCCUUUCGGUUUCUCAAUGACCCUGGCGCACAUGUGGGUCCACAACAAUUCACCAUUGACACGUCCAUGGAGGCACCUGACUAUCACGGUAAGAGUGCCCCGUACAACACAAACGCUAAUGUCAGUCCACAAGAAGCCCUUAAAAUCGUCAGAAAAGCCAGACCAGGAGGUUGCACCCCGUUGACCGAUCACAUUUUGGCCAUCCAGUCAGAAUUGGAAGCCAUGACACCGCAAUUGCGAGCCAAUGGACAAAAGGUUGCAGUCGUCAUUGCGACAGAUGGACUUCCUACGGAUGAACGUGGAUACGGGGGUGACGCUCAUCAACUUCAAUUCGUUGACGCGCUUCGCACGUUGGAAGGAUAUCCUGUCUGGCUCGUUAUACGAUUGUGCACGGACGAAGAAAAGGUGGUGGAAUUCUACAAUGAUCUCGAUUCACUAUUGGAACUUUCCAUGGAGGUCCUGGAUGAUUUUGAAGGCGAAGCAUCAGAGGUACAUGAACAUAAUGCUUGGUUGAACUAUGCCUUGCCUCUGCAUCGAAUGCGUGAAAUGGGCUACCAUGACCGAGUCUUUGACAUGUUGGAUGAGCGACGCUUGACCAAGAGUGAGCUCAGUGAUUUCGUUGGUAUUCUCGUGGGUGGCUCUUUCAUGGAUGGCAUGCCCGACCCCAACGUGGAUUGGGAGAGCUUCUUACGGCGGCUUGAUAGUUGGUUGAAGCAGAAGGACCACGCACCCGAGCAGUGGAAUCCAAUGAAGAAGAAGCUUGGCCCUUGGUUGGAUCUGCGCAAAAUGCAUCACGACUUUGGAGAAGGUAGCUGUGUGAUUCUAUGA